AUGCUGUCUGUAGAAAAAGAAGUAGAUGUGCUGCUACGUUAUUUCAUCUUGGAGUAUGACCUCUGUCAAAUCAAUUUGAAAGUCUGGAGCAGAGAGGGCACUGGUCAGAGGGAGCAGCAGGAGCUGGAUAUAUUAGUGCUCACUGAAGGAAGAAACAUCUGCUCAGUAUGCAAGUCAUUCAUCUCAGGUUUCUGCUUAUUGUACAGUAAAGAAAUAGUGCAUACACAGAAGACAGAACAAAUGUUUUCCAGAUCCAUUCUAAUGGUGAUUCUCUGGCUUAGCCUUUUUGUGCUUCAGUCUGAUACCUCAGGCAAGAUGAUGACUGUGACAGCCAAAGUAGGGGAUGAAGCUAAGCUUCCCUGCAACUCCAGAAUACGACCUGAAGACAUACACCUGCCGUCUCACUUUAUCUACUGGCAAAAACAAGUGGGAAAUGAAGAUCCCGAUCGAGUUGUGAUAUCCUAUGCACAAGGCACAGAAGAACAUGAUAGGAAGCACGCACAUUACGGAAAUAGGACCAAGAUGAAUGAGAAAAAUUUUACACUUUCAAUCUCCUCUGUGAAAGUAUCAGAUGAGGGCAAAUAUUGGUGUGUAAUUCUAAAGAAUGGGAAAAAAGGUGACGGGUUUAUCAACUUAUCUGUGGUGGCUCAUUUUAGCAAGCCUGCCAUAUAUGCCGAGACACCUCCUAAUACCUGUGGCCCCACUCAGUUGACACUGAACUGUUCUUCUUACGGAGGAUAUCCAGCACCUAAGAUGCUUGUAUCCAUCAAUAAUGUCACUGUGGAAUGGAAUUAUACUGUGACAUUUGACAAUCAGACUGAACUUUAUAAUGUUACCGGCCAAAUGCAGAUCAACAUGACUGAAGACAUCUUUGUCCAAUGCUUAGUUGUGUAUGCUGGAUUCGAGGAAUCUGUCAACCGCACCUGGUCUAUACAAAAGCAGUGUGCAUUGCCUCUACCACCUGCCUCACCUCCUCCACAUGGGAUCAUUCUGGCUUCCUCUGUAGUCUUCAUUUUUCUUUUAGCUGUGCUGAUAGUAGUCCUUCGACAGUGUGCCUGUAAGCAUUUGAGGUCCUCUCGCCCUAUCAGUGCUUUCCAGCCAGUGGCAACAAUUGAAAUGGCACCCCAGCAGAAACUCAAUAGGACAUCAGAAGAAGUAUCUUUCUAACCAUACAGACCU